AAUGAUUAGACGCCACCACGUCACGCUUGCCAAAUUUCGGUCACUUUACGCUCAUUCGGAGUCGUAGCGCAAAUCGAACACUGCACUAGUCUUCCCUAGGUAGACCCAAUAGAAGGAAGAUAGUUCUGACCUUGGUCUGUCCUAGGGGAAUACGGUGUAACACAAUUUGAAGUGUAACAGUCGCCGUCAAGCUGAGUGUGGCCACCAAGAGUUUACUACUAGUAGAGCAGCACCAUGCUCCCCUCAUGGCUGAGCAAAAAAUCUAGCAAUCCGCAGGCUCUCAACCAACCAGACGGCGUUUCUAAAGACUCCCAUUCAACAGCAGAAGAAGCUGAACAUUCAUCCGAGUCUGCAAUUCUCAUCACAGACGACGGUCACACCGAUGUCCACAAACACAUUGGUGAUCCCAGCACAUAUGCUGCCCUAAUUGAACAGGACGCGCUCAACCCGAAUCUGCCAGCUACAUCAGGCGACCUGAAGUCGCUGGAACGUUCAACUGAGCCUGCAAGGUUUCUGACACCGCAUGAUGACAUUCUCGCCGACCUCCAGGGACACUUGCCCUCAAGUACUCUUCCAGAACAGCAGUCUCUACGUCCAGAUGCUCUCGCAGGAUCUUCCCUCAAUAUUGCCUCAACCGCCGUUCAGACCUCAUCGUUCACCUCCGAAUCUUUGCCCGAUCAUGAACCGGCCAAGGAGAUUAUGUACGAACCGUCCACCGGUCAGAGAUUACACGACUGUGUACCAAUGCCGGCGCGGUCGGGUGCUGAUGAUGAACUAUGGUCUCAUCUAUCACAUAUUUUGGAGCUCCAGAGCGAAAUUGCAAAGAUGCAUGUCGACAUGGAGAAUGUCGGUUUGCGGACUGCGCGAGGUCAUGGACCGGUUGUCUCUGAGCGCGGAGGAAAGGCAGACAUCACCAGGAACGAAACAGGGCAGCAUAGGAGGAGAAAUGGGACACUCGGAGAAGAGGAAGAUGACGAGGAGAGUGAUGAGGUGACCGAAGGAGAAGAAUCGGAUGGCAACGACGAGGUGUUUGGGAAGAGGAAGCGAGAAGAAGAAUUCACAAGGCUAGCGGAGCGGUUUUCAGAGAGAAAGGUGGCCAUUGACUCCGUUAUGGAUAAGUUAGACGACCUUUCGAGCGCACUCAAGGCCUUUCAUGCGCUACCUACUCCAGUACUCGAUCUUGCAUCCUCUCGCACCAACACCACAUCUUUCAAUACCCCACUAACUGCCGAUCGCGGUACUGGUGUGACCCCUGGGGUUACCUCGACCACAUCAGCUCCCCCUCGUUCAGCAAAACCGCUAGUAACGACGAUUAUAGAUGACUCGCAACAUGUAGAUAACCCAUUGGACAUGCAUCCCACGCAGUCCAUCAUCGAUCGCAAUCUUGGGAAGAAGUAAGCUUUCCUACCUAUCUGGAUAUAUCACAUAGUUUGGGAACAUGUUUACGAUACGUCCCUAUAGUUGACACACUAGCUACUAUAUUACAUUAAAUCACA